AUGGUGAAGAAACCUGAAACACGAGAAACGAACAAGAGAUGGCAUAGGAAAGUGAAUGCCCAUGCGCCAAAAUACAUAGAGAAAAGCGAACAAGAAGAGAAAUGCACCAAGCGCAGCCCUCUCAGUCCUGACGCCGUUGUUUCUGAGCAUCAACCACAGAGAAAGAAAUCCCAAAUCGAUGAGAUUGGAAUUGAAUUGAUAUCAGAAAGGUUGAAAUUGAGGUUAGGGUUACGUCACUCACUCUUUGGAGAGAAUGGGAAUGAUUUCGAAGAGUACGAGCUGGAGAAGAUUGCAGGAGAAUGCAAAAACGACGCUGAAGAUGAUUUGGACGAGGACGCGUUUCUCUUCGUACUCUUUGUAGAGGCGAUGGUUCAAGAACCACAAACCCGCCCAACCCAGUAA